AUGCCUAUUUUAAUAAAAGAUUACACAUGGAAUCAAAACUCCUCAAAUAUACAAUUGAGGGUUCCCAUACCCUCUGUUUAUAAAGAAAAAGUAGAUCUAUUUUCAUCUGACUGCUAUAUCAAAGCGAAUUUCAACCCUUUUUUCUUUGAAUUAUUUUUAAUGCAUGAUGUUGAUAUGACAAAAAGUAAAUGUACAAUAGUACACGAUAAUUGUCUUCUCAUAGAUUUAGUUAAGAAAGAAGACCGCAUUUGGAGUGAUUUAGAAAAAAUAUUAUCCAAAGAAGAUAAAAAGGAAAUAAGGCAAAAAGUCCUUGAAAAAUGUCAAGAAAAGGCUAAGAACGAAGCUGAAAAUAAAGCAAUUAUGAAAAGUAAUUUGGCUAGGUUUACUGUUCAACAAGCAAUGGACAUUGAUAAUAAACAACAUAUCGUAAUGGACUCUAGAAGAGAUGAAGAGUGCAAAAAGGCAAUGGAUGAAUUGGAAAUUUGGAAAAAUGAUACCAAUAAAAGUUCUGGUGUUAAGAUAACUGAACUACCAUCUUUGGAAGAUGAGCAUAGUCAAAAUAAAGUUUCUAUAGCUAGUGCUAAACAAAUUCCGAUGCAACUAAAGGUCAGAUCAGAAUAUAUCGAAAAGAAAAAAGAAGAAACAGCAAAAAGGGUUUUGCCAAAACUCAGAGAAAUGGCACAAGUAGAAAUAACACAUACGCCUCGGUCCUUUCCAACACCUAGCAGAGAAUCAACUGCUCGAGAAGAAGAUAUAUGGCUAAAAAACAUAACACUAGCUCGAAGAGCAACUGGAUUUGUUUCGGAAGAUUUGCGUCCAGAAGAACAAGACCCGCAAUGGUGCAAGGAAAAGGGCGACGAUUUUUUUCGCAGUGGAAACUUUUUGGGUGCAAUAAGUGCCUACACUCAUGGCAUUACUCUUUCUGAUAAGUUGCCCAGCCUUUUUGCCAAUAGAGCUGCUGCACAUUUUUCUUUAGGGAAUUUUAAUAAAUGUGCGAAUGAUUGCUCAACUGCUCUAGAUUUGAUGAAACCAGCUUGCGAAAGAAAUCGCCGAAGCCGCGGGAAGUGUAUAGCUCGUCGAGCUGCUGCACUUGCUCGCUUAGGAUAUCUAAAUAAAGCCAUCGAUGAAAUGAGAGCAGCUGCAAAAUUGUUACCCGAUGACGAAAAUCUUAAAAAAGACAUUUAUGAUAUGGAGCGAGCUUGGGAACAGGAUCCAGAUUCUGAAUAAUUUGUACUAGUUUAAUAAUAUUUCGAUAUUUAGUGGUCUCAACAGAUAUCUAGA